UGGGUUGAAGGCCGUUGUGGUCAGUGCGGUCUCCCAGGCCCGGCCAGGAUGGGUGGAGGUUCUGUUGCCAACAUGGCCGACCCGGACCCUCGCUACCCGCGCUCCUCGAUCGAGGAUGACUUCAACUACGGCAGCUGCGUGGCUUCUGCCAGCGUGCACAUCCGGAUGGCCUUUCUAAGAAAAGUCUACAGCAUCCUUUCCCUGCAAGUUCUCUUAACUACAGUGACCUCUGCAAUCUUUUUAUACUGUGAAUCUAUACGGGUAUUUGUUCAUGCAAGUCCUGCCUUAAUUUUGGUGUUUGCUCUUGGAUCUUUGGGUUUCAUUUUUGCAUUGACUUUAAACAGACAUAAGCAUCCCCUAAACCUGUACCUUCUUUUUGGAUUUACACUGUUGGAAGCUCUGACUGUGGGCAUUGCUGUUACUUUCUAUGAUGUAUAUGUUAUUCUGCAAGCCUUUAUACUGACUACUGCAGUAUUUCUUGGUUUGACUGCAUAUACUCUACAAUCUAAGAGAGAUUUCAGCAAAUUUGGAGCAGGACUGUUUGCUGUUUUGUGGAUUUUAUGCUUGUCAGGAAUCUUGAAGUCAUUUUUUAAUAGUGAGACAAUGGAGUUGGUCUUGGCUGCUGUUGGAGCCCUUCUUUUCUGUGGAUUCAUCAUCUAUGACACCCACUCUCUGAUGCAUAAACUAUCACCUGAAGAGUAUGUGUUAGCUGCCAUCAGCCUCUACUUGGAUGUUAUCAAUCUAUUCCUGCACCUGUUACGUUUUCUGGAAGCAGUUAAUAAAAAGUAAUUGAAAGCCAUCUCUAGAAACUGUUUCAUUAAGUAAUAAAGUUCAAGAUAUAAUAAAUAUUAAGUACCUUUAUGAUCUUUAUAUUCUGUGUAUUUCUUAGCUUUAAAAUCUUACUAUUCUUUAUUGUAUCUCAUUUCUGAAUCCUUGAUCUAGAUACUCAGGCAAGAAAUACCAAAUUCUAUUAUUUUAAAUUUUUUUUCAAUCCCAGACUAGCAUACAAAAUUAUUCAUUUGAAAUUUGAAAGUAAUUUUAUGAGCAAUUAGAUUAAAAAUAUCUAUUACUUUGGUGAUUUUAGCUAAACUUUCCCUAAAUUAAUGUGUUUUUUAUUCUAAUUGAUGUUUUUAUUCUAAAGUAUUAGUGGCACUAAUACCAUUAAAAGUAUAAAUCUCCUUUAGAAAGGAAAAAAUAUAAAAGGAAAAUUCCAUAGGGAAGUAUUCAAUAUUAUAUUAAAAUUAUAUUAAAUGUUAGUGACAUUUGAUUAUAAAAUGAUGCAUUAAAAUUAAUUUGCUUGAAAGCUAGAUAUUAAAACAAAAUUUGAAACGAA